GUUCCCGGCGCUUGUCCGCUCGGGCGGCCUGGCCGUGAUGUUCCCGAGGGUGUCCGCGGUCGUCCACCUCCGGCCCGUUUCCCGCCUGCCUUUGAGCCCCGGAGGCCCGGCUGGGGCGAGCGCGGUGCUCGCGGCCCAGCACGGAGCGGUCAGGACAAAUAAUAUCCAGAGAUAUUUUGGCACUACUAGCGUGAUUUACAGCAAGAAAGAUGAGCAGUCCGUUCCACCCCAGGAGACUUCCAAGGAGACAGAGGACCAAGAUGGUGUGAAGGAGAAAAAGAAAAAAGACUUGUUGGGUAUUAUUAAGGACAUGAAAAUCGAAUUAAGCACAGUAAAUGUGCGGACUACAAAGCCACCAAGCAGACGACCUGUUAAAAGCUUGCCACCUGCAGUUGGCAAACCUCGGAAAGCUGCAGAAGAUGCCCCGAAGCAGAGCGGUGAGCCCCUGAGUCCCGAGUUGGUGUCGGCCGUGUCGGCUGUCGCAGACUCUCUGCCCUUCGACAAGCAGACGACCAAGUCAGAACUGCUUAGGCAGCUCCAGCAAUAUGAGAAGGAGUCCAGGGCCCAGAAAGAAGGAGAAAGACCCAAAAUUAGUUUCAGUAACCUAAUAUCGGAUAUGAAAGUCGCUCGGAACACCACAGCAAGAGUCAGUACAAGGCCAGUGCAUCAGAUCCAGUUUGACGAAGGCACUGACCAUAUUCUUCUGGGUGAGAAGACGAUCGACAUGAGAAAUAGUAUUAAGAGAAGUAUAUCCAAGGGGAAGAGACUUAACAUUUUUGAGCCGAAGACAGACACUGCAGAGGCACCCAAAGCAGAGACGGCCCCUACACUUUGGGAUGUGGAAUUUGCGAAGCAGUUAGCCACAGUAAACCAACAACCCUUUCGGAAUGGUUUUGAAGAGAUGAUCGAGUGGACAAAGGAAGGGAAACUGUGGACAUUCCCAAUUGACAAUGAAGCUGGUUUUGAUGAUGACGGUUCAGAAUUUCACGAACAUAUAUUUCUGGAUAAAUACCUGGAGGAUUUUCCAAAACAAGGACCUAUUCGCCACUUCAUGGAGCUGGUGACCUGUGGCCUUUCCAAAAACCCAUAUUUGAGUGUUAAACAGAAGGUGGAACACAUAGAAUGGUUUAGAAAUUAUUUUAAUGAAAAACAGGAUAUUCUAAAAGAAAGUGGCAUUCAGUUCAGUUCAUGACUAUGCAAUUUUUUUAUUUCAAGCUCCUGGAAAUAGGUAUAUCACUAAAUAAAUUCUACUGGAAGUUUUUCUA